AUGCACGUAACCCAUUUUCCCGUUAAACUCUCUGUGAUUUACCGUAAAACAUGUCUUCAAAUAAAGGCUCUCAGAGACAAGGCGAGGGCAUUAACAAUUGCAGAAAACGCCAGACUGCGAGGGUUGACAGAAGUAGAAUUUGGCAGCUCCAAUGAUGCAGAAGAAAUUCAUUAUGAAAGUAAAACAACAAAUACAGAAGAGGUGAAUAAAGGCAUCUACUUCAGCUACCCGAGCCGGCGACACAGCUGUGCUUUGGUCAACAUCCCUUCACCAUGUGUCAGCAAAAUGAUCGCCCACAUUGAAGAUGUGGAAUCCAAGAUACAGGAACAUUUGAAACAAUUUGAAGCUUCUUUUGAAGAAUGGACUUCCACUACAAAAGGUGAAAAAGGAGAUUUGGGUGUCUCUGCUCCAGAGAAAGUAGUCCACCCAGAAAAAGGAAGGGAUGAGAAGUGUCCGGAGCUGAAGAGGAAAAUGGAGUCGCUGCUCUCAGAGGCCAUUCACCUCGUUAAAAGUCUGGAAACCGACAGGGCCGAAGCCGAACAAGCCCUGAGACAACAAAAAUCGAGAAAGAAAAGAAUUAGCAUGAAGAUCGACUCCUGGUCCAUUUGGAAACUCCAAGAACUCCCAAUGGCUGUGCAGAAAGAAUAUGAGAACUAUUCCAAAGAUAUUGAAGAGCUGAAGUUCCAUCUUGAAGACACAACCCAACAGGUGGAGUAUCUGGAGAAGGAGAAGAAGCAGCUGGAAGAAGCCAAUGCCAAGAUCCAGAAAGACAUAGACUACAUGAUUCACCAUCGCCCCCUGCUGGAGAAAAAACGGAAGCAGGAGGUAGAUGCGCUGAAAGAACGUUAUUAUAAAAAGUUUGAGGUAACGGAACUAUUUCGAGCAGUGCACGAAGAGCUCAAGGACUCUGUGGAUCAGUGUGAAUGUACAAAAUCAAAGCUUAAGCUUAUGAAAGAAGAGGAUGAAAAAGACAUUUUCCAAGAGCAAAUAAAUAUAGAGCUCUAUAAGAAAGAGCUAGAAGAGCUUAGUAGUCUGGAGACUCAGUACUCACACUCGAUCGAGUCCACGAGCUUUGACAUCGAGGAGGACGAAGAAACCGUGACUGAGGCGAUGAAAGAAACAGAGAACACAACAAGUGAAAUAUCAACUUUAAUGAAAUCAAUAGAUACUUUGAAGAAAUUGUUUGAUCAAUAUUCCUGGAAGCAAAGAAAUUUUGAGCAGCAGUACAUGGAGGCACUUAAUAAUUAUUAUACUUCAAAAAAAGCAUGGGAUAUUGAGCUUUCUAAUGUUUCGAAAGACUUCACAGAUGUUUCAGCAAAGUAUACAGAGCUUUUAGAAGAAAACAAAAGGCUUCAAACUGAUAUUGACAAGCUAACAGUGGAUAUUGGAGAAAGCAUAAGAAACAAAUUGGAAUAUGAGGAAGAAAUCCAGUCAUUGCUUCAAGAGAAGAUAAAAAACAACGUUUACCUCAAGCAGCUCUACAAGCAGGCUUACCAGAUUGGGGCUAUAUACCACGCAGCUAAGCAAAAAACGGAUGAGCUGGAAACUAAAAUAGCAGACAUGAGAAAAAGGUUCAAGGGCAGAGAGGAUUUCCUAAAGAAGCUGACAAGAGGGGAAAUGACUGCUGGGGUAGAGAUUCAGAAAAGACUGUACAUCGUUGAGGAAACUCAGUUUGUGGAGAUGCAGGAGUUUCUGAGAAGGAAAGCACUCUAUAAUUUGGCUUUGUCUGAAGUACAGUUUCCACUGCGCCAGAUAGAAGCAGAUGCCGUGAGAAUCAGAUUGCUCCACCGACAACACUCUAAUAUGCUUCAUGAGUUAAGGAAGAAGAAAGAAUUUGUUAGAAAAAAAGUAGAAGCAACAAAGAAAAAAUUACGAAAAAGAAGCAAGAAAAGCCGUAAGGAACUCACACAAACAGAGGGAAAAGGCUCAGUUAUUCUUCAAGAAAUAGAGGAAACUAAAAACAAAACAAUUAUUUUCAAUGCAAAAAGCAGGGAACUGGGCAAGGAGAUAAAAAUGAUGGAACAGGAAAAGAUGAAUUAUGAAGAUAAACUUGAAAAGAUGAAGGAUGAGUUUAUAAAGUUGAGAUUUGAGAAGGACAAGACACAGAGUGUGUACGACCAUCUCAGGCACGAAAAGCAGAUGUGUGAGGAGAGAAUGUUUCAGGAAGAGAGGUUUUUCAAAAGGUUUGUUGAGGCAAGGCAAAGCGCCCUGAUGAACAUCCAGACACUUCAAGACCAAUCACUGGAAGAAAACCUGCGUUUAGCCAAAAAGUAUCAAGCCAUACAAAUGCUAUUCUUAAAGGAAAAAGAUGUGUACCUCAGUGGAUUUGACAGACUGCUAUCACUCAAUGCUUCACUUUGUGAUAAGAAAAAGCUCUGUCAGCUGCAAGGAAAGCUGGACAAGAACUGGGAAGAGUACUUCCGGCUGGUGAUCCUUUUUAACCAGCACAGGCUGGCUAAGUUCCAGGAAGAGGCUCAGGACGGCAUUCAGAAAAUAUUACUUGUGCAGGAGGAAUCGUCGGGUCUAAUACAACACAUCUUAGAUUUCUUCCAGACUCUGACAGAUGGCGCAUGUGAAAAAGAUGACUAACCAAACAACCAAUGUAUCUUGGAAGCUGAAAUAAAAGACAGCAAAAGUCGCACAGUUCAGAUAACAGUGUAAUUGGACAUUCACCUGUUUGCCAUUUCACACUUCCAUGGACGAAAAACUCACUCACCUCCCAGCAUGCUUUGCCACUCUCUUACUUACAGCAAAUCCAUAACAAUGAAACAGGUGACUUUCAUGCCGCUGUCAGGAACGAUCUAAUUUCAGCUCUGGGUGACUGAUUGCAAUUGGCUUUGCCUCAUCUGAUAAUUAAUCUAUGUCACCAUUAAUUGGAAGAGAGAAUAAUUACUGGCGGUGUUGACAGUGACUGCUGGCUUCCCCAGAUUUCCCCACCGUGUUGGCCCAAAUAAAGGCUUUGUGAGUCAGUACUUAAAGUUUGUGUAAACUGUAACGGUGCCUAUGCCCAUGUGGCACUCUCAGAUGCUCUGGCUAAUACACUUUUGUUUUUGUGUUUACCAAUCUUUUUUAGCUCGAUGAGAGCUGUCUCUCUCAAUCACUCUUCAAUGUUCUAUCUUAAUUUUGUGGAAGUUUAAAGUUUUCAAUGAGCUGGAGAUGAAUGAUUAAUGAAUAAAUUUAAAUGCUUCAUUUUGUCCAUGGAUCAUUAGUCAAGUCCUUUGUGGUAAGGACCUGAGAAAGGAGGGGAAAUUAUUGAGACAUUAGCCUGCA